AUGGAUAACCAAAGUUUUGUUACUGAUUUCCAACUCUUAGGAUACUCUGAUGUUCUGGCAUUUCGCAUGUUAACAUUUGGAGGAUUUUUGCUUAUCUAUCUGGCUGCAUUAAUUGGAAACCUUCUUAUGAUAACUGUUGUAACCCUCAACCCUCAUCUUCAAACACCAAUGUAUUUUUUCCUAGUUAAUUUAAAUAUUGUUGAUCUAAGCUUCAUUUCAGUCACUGUUCCAAAAGCUAUGGCUAAUUCGGUGAUGAAUACCAGGAGGAUAUCAUAUUAUGAAUGCAUGGCACAAGUCUUUUUCUUUUUUUGGGCAGGAGCAUCAGAAUUCUUGCUCCUGACCUUGAUGGCUUAUGAUCGAUAUGUUGCUAUAUGUAAUCCAUUGAAUUAUGUGAAAGAAAUGAACCGGGCAGCUUGUUUGAAAAUGGCCACCAGCGCAUGGAUCUUUGGGUUUUUUGAUGCAUCACUAAACACAGCUUGCACUUUUACUAUCACAUUUUGUUCCAACAAAAUCAACCAAUUCUUCUGUGAAAUCCCACAGCUCCUGAAGCUUUCAUGUUCCAGUUCCUCCUAUCUUAUUGAACUUGGACCCCUUGUAUUUACUGUGUUAAUAUGUGUAAGCUGCUUUAGUUUCACAGUUACCUCUUACGUGUACAUCUUUAGACCUGUUUUUAUUAUUCCUUCUGUGGAAGGAAAGAAAAAAGCCUUUUCAACUUGUCUGCCCCACUUGGCUGUGCUCUGCUUAUUCUACUUUACUGGAGUGUAUGCUUGUUUGGGGACAAUGUUCAGAAACUCAUCAGGUUUAGAUUUGCUACUUGCAGUGUUGUACUCAAUGGUCCCUCCUUUCAUGAACCCCAUCAUUUACAGUAUGAGAAACAAAGAGAUCACAACAGCACUUUGGAAGCUUCCACAUAAAACAAGAAAUAUGAUUUCAGUUUAG